AUGCACAUAAUCUGUUCACAAUCUGUUUUGAAUGUUAGAAACGCGAGGCUAAGUAACCAUUCCAUACAAAUCAAUCCCACUCGGAGCCUUUCUCCUCCAAUUAUGCGUCUUCGGGGAAUCGUGCACCUAUCUCAGGGCCACGAACAAAAUGAAACUCCUGAUCUCCCAUGA